AUGUCCGGCUAUGAUAAGAUUCCUCAUCGUGGCCUUGUUGACUUUCAACCACAGCCUGCCAUGCAUGGUCCCAUGUUUUAUGGCAACUUCUCCGAAGUGGACCAUGACUAUCAUCCUCUCCUACAUCCCGGUGGCGGUCCGCACGUUGUAGAGCCUGAAUUCAAGUACCCGUCAGGAGAAUUCCUCAACAAUCAAGGCAUGGAUGUUGGCAAAGCAACGGGUUUGAGCCUCGACCAAGUCAACCAUGCACAGGUUCGCACCUUCAGCGUUCCCCACACACGUGCCACAUCCACCAGCUCGGUCGUCAUGAACCAUCGGAAACGAAAAGCCUCGAGCGUGGAUGGUUUCGAUACUGCCCCUGUCGAGAUCAAGCGGAAAUCAUCAAGCGUCGAUGAGUUUGAUAUGUUGCCAAUCCACAAGAAGCGUGUAGUCGCUCAGGUCCACGUCCAAGAUCCCAAUGGCGACUAUUACGAUCUUAGCGGACACACAUCUCCAUACUCACAAUUUGUCCCAACUCCCACUGGCAGUACUGGGUUCCCUUCAUAUCCAGGAUAUAGCUCAUCCCCUCGACCAUCUGGCCAUCAAUAUUCUACCUCGAAUGCCUCCCAAAUCUCGCUGGCUGCUCCAUCACCUCACACCCCCUCAUUCAGCCCGUCCUUCACCACGGUCAAGAGUGAGCAAUCCCCUGGAGCACCAAUGACCCCUCUACCCCAUGCUGUCUCAGCAAGCUCCCCGGUCAAGUCGUCUGCUCCCAAACUCAUUCGAACUUCAACCAUUCAACAAUCCCCGCCAGGGGUCGUGAACAAUGUUGCUGUUGGACAGACACAAAACUUCAAUCCAUAUGCAAUGUAUCCCCUCAAGGCAAACCUCAAGCUCAAGGGUGAUCUGGAGACCAUGAAGCUGAAUUGGACGCCCGAAGAACGUGAGGCACGACGCCGCUUGGUUGAAUUCAAACGCAGCCAGAGCAGCUGCACAAUCAACGCAGAAUUCGGGCCUGUCGCUCCUCAAGAUCGAAUGUCUGGCAGUAUCUGCAUCAGUUGCAUCUGGUGGAAGGAGAAGAACGAAUUCUACGUCACGUCGGUGGACACCAUCUACCUUCUUGAGGCGUUGGUGGGUGUCAGAUUCACGGUCGAAGAGAAGAAUCGUAUACGCCGUAACCUCGAAGGCUUCCGACCAAUGACCGUGUCCAAGUCCAAAGCUGACAGCGAAGAAUUCUUCAAGGUCAUCAUGGGAUUUCCCCACCCUAAACCUCGGAAUAUUGAGAAGGAUGUCAAAGUAUUUCCAUGGAAGAUUCUCUCUACUGCGCUGAAGAAGAUCAUUUCUAAAUAUUCAGCGAGUUACUCGUCGACCGCUGCAGCCAUUCUUACCCCUCAGGCUGCACACGGUCCACAUUCCGAAGGACAUGCCGACUACUAUGACAUGUCCCCACGGACAGGCUAUGUACCAUCUCACGGAGGCCAGUACUUCUCCACCAAUGAUGUUGCCUACAUGCAGGGACCGCCUUCGGCAUCGUUCGUCCCAACAUCAGCUCCUGCAUUGCAGCUGCAGAUGCCUGAGUACACACCAGCCUACAGUGUCAAUGGUCAGUUUCCCUGUCAAACCCUGACUCAGAUGCCUCCGAAUACCAUGAGCAUCCCGGCACAACCCAUGACUGCGCCUGCCACACGGAUGCCAUCAUGGGAUUUUGGAACUUAUGUCGACGAUUACCCUAUGCCAAUGCCCCACAGCGCACCACCUACAGCGUAUCCCAACGGCAUGAUGCAGCCAGCCGAGUUUUACCCCGGCAUGCACUAUCCCGCCAACUAA